CAUCCGAAAAUAUGUUGUUUCAAUGGCGGAUGAGUAAUCGUAAAACAAAGAUGCUGAGAAUUAACGGAUUAUUCUGCGAUUAUGUGACGUUUUAGACAUGAGCUUGACAGAUCAAUCUGGAGAUUCUUCUAGUGACAGAGAUGUUGAGUUUUAUUAUAGGCCAGGCGGAAGAAGGACGGAGGGUUUAAAAGCUGCCGAUAUUGUCCCACUCCUGAGAGAGAGAGUUGCCUAUCUCUCAGGAGGUAGGGACAAGCGUGGAGGACCAAUUCUAACAUUUCCCUCCAACACACACCCAGAAAGAUUAAAGUAUGAAGAUUUACGAAGAUUAAUGACGUAUCUAGCCAGUGUUCCAAGUGAUGAUGUAAGGGAGAAGGGUUUUACUGUGAUACUUGAUAUGCGCGGAUCUACCUGGCAAAAUGUCAAACCCAUUCUUAAAGCUAUGCAGGAAUGUUUCCCUGGCAACAUAAAUAUAGCUUUUAUUAUAAAACCAGAGAAAUUCUGGGAAAAACAAAGAACUAGUCUGGGCAGCUCAAAGUAUAACUUUGAGACACACAUGAUAUCAGUGGACAAUUUAGUGAAAGCUGUAGAUCGUAGUCAGUUAACAAGGGAUUUUGAUGGUAAUCUGGAUUAUGAUCACGAACAGUGGAUCAAGCUUAGACUGAUGUUGGAAGAGUUUAUAUGGAAGGCAUUAGACUUGUUGGACAAACUGGAUGAAUUAAGCAGUAUACUUACAAAUCCUGAUCUUCCAACAGAACUUAGUGAGGCUCAGAAACGUCUCGAGGACCACAACCACUUAAAGAAAAGGGUAACCAUGGCUCCUGUAGAACAGUUAGGUCGGGAAGGUCAAUAUAUUUUAUCGAGUAUAACUGGUGAAGGCUUUGAUCAAGCAGGUCCAGGGACAAGAUUUGUUAUAUCUGGAAAUGCUGACUUUCAGAGUGCUGUACCUCAGAUAUCACAACUGUUAGAGAAUCUUCACUCAACCAAACAACAUCUUAAUCAACUGUGGACAGUCAAACGGUCUAGACUUGAACAAUGUCUACAGUUAAAGAUAUUUGAAGAUGAUGUUGAAAAAAUGUUCAACUGGAUAUAUCAUAACAGAGACAUGUUUUUGGUGAAUUAUACAGAGAUAGGAAUGUCUCAUCAAUUUGCUGUAGAACUUGAGAAUGAACACAGCCAGUUUGCUAACAGUGCUGUUAAUGUUUAUGUGAACAUUACUCGGAUAUUGAGUAUGGCACAAAGAUUGUGUGAUGCGGGACAUUAUGCUCAGAAUUCUAUACGUAUACAAGCUGCCAAGUUAGAACGGGAAUGGAAAAGUCUGGCAGCAGCUCUAGAUGAUAGAAGUACUGUACUUAGUAUGUCAGUAAUGUUCCACAAAAAAGCUGAAACCUACCUAGCACAGGUUAUAGGUUGGCGUCAGGCAUGUGAGAGUCCAAAUAUUCCAACAUCAAUAGAGGAACUGGAGGACUCAUUACAGCAACAUCAGGCACUGAUUGAAUCAAUUAGCCAAGCUUAUGCUGAAGUAUGUGCUGAUGGUAAAGCUUUACUAGAUACACUACAAACACCAGUGUCAUCAGGAAGUUCCAACUCCCUCACUGCAAAGGCUGAUUAUAGUGAAGCUGCUGGUCAUGUUCUUGAUGUUGUUCAUGAGGUAUUAGCUCACCAACGACACCUUGAACAGUUAUGGCAUGGCAAGAAGGUGAAACUUCACCAGAGACUUGGACUUCGUCUCUUCCAACAAGAUGUAAAACAGGUUAUUGACUGGCUGGACAACCAUGGUGAUGUUUUCCUUAAGAAAAAUACUUCAAUAGGUCGUAGUCUACAGAGGUCAAGGGCACUGCAGAAAAGUCAUGAACACUUUGAGUCUGUUGCAAAGAACACAAUCACAAAUGCUGAGAAGCUUCUUGCAGCAGCUGAUGAAUUAGCACAAACUGGAGAAUGUAAUCCAAAGGAGAUAUAUAAUGAAGCUCAAGAAUUAGAGGAAAGAAUGUCAAGUUUUUUGGCAGCACUUGCUAGGAGGAGAUCUGCCCUAGAUAUGACAGUAUCCUUCUACUCUCAUGUACAUGCUUUGACAUGCUGGCUGGAAGAGUUACAGAAUGAAUUACAGAGUUCAGAGAUUGCUGAUACUGUAGAAGGUGCCGAACAACUUCUUGCUCAGUUCAAUCAGCAAAGAGAGACAACUCUUGAUGCUGCUCUAAACACUGUGGGGGAGGGAGAAAAUCUCUGUGAACAGCUGAGGAUAUUUAACAUUGACCCAGAGAAGGCCAACCAGAACAGUGACUUUUCUCACAUUGAAAGUGUUCUACGACAGUUAAAUGAGAGUAGAUCAGAGCUGGAGGACCUGUGGGCAGCUAGAAAACUCAAGCUAGACUUGUGUCUUCAGUUGCGUUUGUUUGAAAGAGAUGCAUUAGAGGUUUCCUCUCAGCUGGAACUGUGGGCUGAGGAGCUACAGCACCAAGAGUUGGUAACUGAUGGUAACAAGGCUGAACAAAUGUUGGUCAUACAUAAUGAGAGUGUUCUUCACAUGCAAAACUGUACAUUUGAGGUGCUACAAAGAGGUCAAGAAUUAGCACAGUUAUUUGAGACAACAGGUGUUCAGCUAAUGGCAGACUCACAUUAUGAUGCCCCUACUCGUAUACAAGAGUUGUUGGAAUAUUUACAUGAGAGAGAGGUGGAUUUAGAGACUCUUGCUGAUACAAAGAGGAGCCGACUAGAACAAUGUGUACAAUUGAGAAACUUUGAAGUCGAAGCACGGCAGGUGAUAUCCUGGAUCAGGAAUGGGGAGUCCAUGUUGAACGCCAGUUUUAUGUGUCCAAAUGCUUUAAUGGAAGCUGAACAGUUGAAGAAAGAACAAGAUCAGUUUAUGAUGGCAAUAGAGAAAACACAUUACAGUGUUGUACAGGUGAUACAGAAGGCUGAGAGUAUGAUAGGAAUGCAACAUUAUAACUCUGACCUUGUACGAGCUAUAGCUGAGAAUGUCACUUUAGCCUGGAACCAGCUACGUAAUCAUUCUGAAGAGAGACACAAACUUGUCAUGGCAUCAAUGACCUGGUAUAAGACUGCUGAACAGGUUUGGUCAGUUUUAGAAAGUUUAGACAGAGAUUAUAAACGUGAUGAGGAUUGGUGUGGGACAGAACGUGCUAACACCUCAGAUAAACCAAACUACAUGGUGCAACUUAUAAAUAAACAUAAUGAACAGAAAGAAGCUUUUCUCAAGGCAUGUACAUUAGCUCGUCGAACAGCAGAGAGUUUUCUAAAGUAUGUGAACAGAAACUUGCACACUCUCGGAAUGCAGAUGAAAUUCCGCAGUACUGAAGCUCAUGUUAAAAAAACACUAGACUCGUUACUACAGCAGGAGAACAUGGUGAUAGAGUUCUGGACAGUGAAGAAGAAGAAGUUAGAACAGUGUCACCAAUAUGUUCUCUUUGAACAGAGUGCUAAACAGGUGUUGGAAUGGAUCAAGGAUUAUGGAGAAUCAUACCUUAACACCCAUCAAAAACUUGGGUCAACACAACAAGAGACUGAGGCAUUGUUACGUGAACAUCAUGAGUUCCGGGCACGAGCUAAGGAAAACAAGGAAAAUGUGAAACUCCUGCUAUCAUUGGCAGAUGGUUUUGUUGCUAAGGGCAACAUGCAUGCAAAUAAUAUUCGAGGUUGGUGUGCAGCUGUUGACAAGAGGUAUAAAGAGUUCUCUGUAAGGAUGGAGAAAUAUCGAACAAGACUUGAAGAAACCCUAGGAGUACACCAAGUUGAAGAGCCUCAGAAAGAGGAGGAUACACAGAGACAUAGUGACUCGUCAUUAGAGGAGAAGGUGUUUAAACAAGCACCUAAAGAGCUGACAGAGGAGAAGAGGAGGUCUGCCAGAAGGAGAGAGUUUAUUAUGGCUGAGCUGUUACACACAGAAAGAACAUAUGUCAAUGACUUAGAGACAUGUGUGAAGAGUUACCUGAAUGAGAUGCAGGAUCCAGAUAACUUCAUGCCUACUGGUAUACAGAACAGACAUAAAGUUAUCUUUGGUAAUAUGGAGGAAAUAUAUGAAUUCCAUAAAACGGUGUUUCUGAAAGAAUUGGAAAAAUAUGAAACAAUACCAGAAGAUGUUGGUCAUUGUUUUGUUACAUGGGCUGAAAGGUUUUCAAUCUAUGUGACAUAUUGUAAGAAUAAACCAGACUCUAACCAGAUGUUAGUUGACCAUGCUGGAACCUUCUUUGAAGAGUUACAGAAGAAACACCAGUUAAGUGAGCCUGUAUCUUCCUAUCUUAUAAAACCAGUACAAAGAAUUACCAAAUACCAGCUUCUUCUCAAAGAUCUUCUUUCCUGUUGUGAGGGACAUACAGGGGAAAUUAAGGAUGCACUUGAAGUGAUGUUGAAUGUUCCAAAAAAAGCAAAUGAUGCCAUGCACUUGAGUAUGUUAGAAGGACUGGAAGAUAGUCUAGAGGCUUUAGGAGAAGUUAUACUACAGGAAAACUUUACAGUGUGGGACCCUAAACAACUUAUAAAGAAAGGUCGUGAACGUCAUAUCUUCCUGUUUGAUAUGUGUCUAAUAUUUGCAAAAGAAUCAAAAGACAGUAAUGGAAAAACCAAAUAUAUGUACAAGUUCAAACUAAUGAUAUCUGAGAUAAAUAUUACAGAACAUAUUGAAGGUGAUGCUACAAAGUUUGCUCUUUGGACAGGAAGAGCACCUAUUUCAGAAUAUAAGAUUGUUCUUAAGGCACAGACAUUAGAUAUAAAGCAAGUAUGGGUGAAAAAGUUGAGGGAGUUGAUACAAGAACGUAUGAUGUAUAUACAUGAAGCUUUUAAGGGAAAACAACCAAUUGUUUUUAAAGCCCCACCAAAGAUAAGUGUACCAAGUAGAGUGAGCAGGGACCUUGAGAGUGAUUAUGAUGAAUUACCUAUGGAUCGUCGUGGAUCCUUGACAAGUAUGAACUCUGUGGCCACCACUGCAACCACAGAUAGCAGCAGUAGUGGUGGAAAGAGUGAUGUAACAAUUGUGGUUGAUGAUUUUGCUGCCAGUAACAACUCUGAGCUUACUGUUCAUAGAGGUCAACAAGUAGAGGUCAUUGACCUAUCACCAGGGCAACCAAAUUGGUGCUAUGUUAGAACUCUUCAAGGUGAUAGCUUAGAACAAGGUCAAGGACUUGUUCCUACAGCAACACUGAAACCUAUACCACGAUUGUUGGGCCCAGGGUCAAGAUCAAGUCUUGAAUUUGAAGACUCUCCAGAAGCCAGUCCCAGUACUUCAAUGGCUAAUUUGAAUUCAUCAUCACCAGUUGUGAAGAGGAGAAGUAGUGGUACAAGUUUCAGAAAAUGGCUAACCAAUCCAGUUCGCAAGUUAAGUACCAAUAAGAUAGAGAAGGGUACAGCCCCUGUAUUAGAGGGACAGAAAGGAGAUUAUAUAGAGAGACAGAUGACUGGAAUGCUUGCUGCCUCCAGG